AUGAACGAUUACACAAACUCGACGGUGACGAAACACGUUAAACUCCAUAUUCCGCCGCCGAAAGAAUUUUCCAACUGGAACGGCUUAAAAGCUGACUCAAAAUAUCGCUUGAGACUUCAAACGAGUUGCCCGGAGCCAAUUGACUUGGAUAACCCGGCAGCAAUAAACAAAGCAAAAAAUAACUCAAAACGAAUAGAAUCCUUUAUGGAAGUCGAUUUCGAGACAAAUGGACCCCCAAUGACGUCACCUAUGGAUGUUGCACCAGACAAUGCUUUGGCAUUAUUGACUCCUGUCGUGUUUAAUAUUCCCCCUGCUGAAGACAAAGAUGGUCCGUUAUUUUAUUCAGUGGGAAUUGUUGUGGAUGGAAAGCGAUUGGUGUUGGAGACGGGAUACGAUUUGAGAGAAAUUCGAUCACAAAUUCCUUUUAGUGAAAAACCAAUUGAAACGUUUUAUAAAGUUUGUGAUAUUUACAAAGCUUGUAAGGUUCAAGAAGGACCAGAAAUAACAGUAAAAAUGUCAUCUGAGAUCAAUUUUGAUUUUUCACGAAUGCAAUUGGAUGCGAUAGAGUCAGGACUGGAUCGAGGCGAAUAUAAUUCAUCGUUGAAUAAUAUUUUGAUUGUUGGAAUGACAUUAAAGCACUUGCCUGACGACCGUAUCUACAAGGAAUUUCAUCAGAACAUCAUUAAACUGAUAAAGGCCGAGUCGAAGCGGAUCCACAAGACAUAUGACGACAAGUCAAUCUACAUGUCGGACAAGGAGUUAUUCGAUUACGUGCAGAAUGUGAAAUUAAUUUUGGAGACAUUCGAAAUACGGGACCGUGAAUUGAUUCAGGAGCUGUUGUCGUUGCUGGAGAAAAUUACCGCACUGAAGAACGAGGAAACGGUCGCUCGUGACAUUAAACGUCGUCGUCGGAAGCGCCAAGUUACGGAAAGUCCCAAAAGUCCCGUUGUCAAGGAAGCUGUCGAUCUUUUAAACUUGAUGGACCCGAAUUUAGUCAUGGAAAAAUUACGUUGGAUGUGUCUCGAUAAGAAAAGCACCGUGGAAGUGAAUAACAUCGAAUAUCACGUAAUCGCCUUCAACACUUCUGAUAUUCCUGAAAAAUUCCGAGUUCCCAAUAAGGGAUCCGGUGAAUGGACCGCCACUGUCGUUUUAAAGAAUUUGUACGAUUUUGACAACAAUUUCGAAUAUUGCGUUGGAAGUGCCUUCAAUCAAAGCGAAAUUCCUGUUUACAACGUUUUUCUUUUCUCGCGAAAUUUAAUUGCGAAAAAUUUCACGUUUGAGUCGCCAAAGGAAAAAUCCUCGAUGGACAUUGCCAUUCACUUGAACAACACGGUAAAGCCGGAAAAUGUUGCAUGCGAGAUGUUCGUGAACGCAAAGUGGGAUGACACAGUUUGUAAGCCAUCGACUCUUAUUUCGCCAAAAACGCUGACAUGCACAUGCGACACGAACGAAGCGUUUCGGGUGAAAUUUGUUAAAGCACGACCAACGCAAGUCACGGAAUCAGCAGGAGAAAGUCUCAUACCACCAACGGAAAUCACAAAAAGUAUGGAAGUGACAACGGAAAAAAUACAAGUAACGUCGCCAGUGGAAGCGAGUCCCGUGCCAAUAAAGACGCCUGAAAAUGGAGCAGCGGGAUCGACAUUGGCAACUGUCGGUUACUCCGCUCUGGGACUUUUAGCACUCGGCGGAAUUUUCGGAGCAAUUUCUCUCUAUUUUUAUCGUCACAGCAAAAAAAGAGGAAAUUCCUUUGCUCUCGAUCUACAAGCAAUCGCAGCAGAAGCUCGUACCAAAACACCUGGCAUAACUUAUUCACGAUUCCAAGAUGAGCAUAUGAUGCAAGGGGAUCACGUCAAUUUCACAUCAUCAAGUUAAACGGAUUGCAUGAGCAACCAUGAGAAAUGUUUCAUUUUUCACACAAAAUUGUGAUAAAUUAAUGGGAAAAAAUAUUUAAAUUAAUACUGUGCGCAUUUCUGAUGCGAUUUUAAUCAUAAAUAAUAAUAAAGUGGUAAAUUGUAUUUAAAUCAAAUGGAAAUGCGUCGGACCCAGAU